AUGCCGCCCAAAUCAUCGGCCAAGGGAGGCGGCAAGUCCGGGGGAGGAGGUGGCGGUGCUGGUGCCUCUUCGAAAGCCAAGUCUCAGCAGAACAGGGAAGAGGAUCUGCAGCGAGAACCGUUGCAGGCCGUCAUCCUCGCCGACGCCUUCUCCAAACGGCUCGAUCCUUUGACUACCGACAGACCCGCCUGUCUCUUGCCACUCUGCAAUGUGCCGCUGCUGGACUGGACCCUCGAGAAUUUGGCGCUGGCCGAAGUGGAAGAGAUCUUCAUUCUCGCCAGUCGCUACUCCGAUCAGAUCAAGAAGCAUCUCUCCACCUCGCCAGCGCGCUACUCGCUGCCCAAGAUCACCGUCAUCGCCACUCCCGACGCCCAGUCACUUGGAGAUGUGAUGCGAGAGCUCGAUAGCAAGCAGAUCAUCCGCUCCGACUUUAUUCUAAUCCAUGCCGACUCGGUCGCCAGCAUGGACCUCGCCAGCAUCGUCGAUGCGCACAAGCGUCGCAGAAAGAAGGACAAGGAUGCCAUUAUGACCAUCUGCACCAUGCCCGUCGGGAAACGCAGCAGGAUACGUACACCUGGCAAUCUUUCGCUCUUCUUCGUGGAGCCUCACACCUCGCAACUCGUUCACUAUGCGCCCGUCCCUGCAGCACCACGCCUAAGGACCACCAGCUUGCCCCUCGAAGUCUUUGAUCAGGAUGCAGCUGCCACCACCAACAGUCUUUCGCGCGGUGCCGAGGUCGACAUCCGUAACGAUCUCGUUGACUGUGGUAUUGACAUUUGCUCGGCAGAUGUGCCACCACUGUUCUCGGAGAACUUCGACUAUCAGACCCUUCGCCACGACUUUGUGCUCGGCAUCCUCACGUCUGACCUCCUCGACAGUAAAAUCUUUGUCCACGUUGCGCCCACUGGUCCACCCGCAUCUGCAGUCCAGAUCGCCGGCUCUUCCUUCCCCGAGACGGUCGGGACGUCAACUUACGGCCGUGGCUAUGCAGCACGUGUCAAGUCGCCAGCCGAUUACGACGCCAUUACCAAGGAUGUCAUUGGCCAGUGGACCUAUCCACUCGGACCUGCCGGCUAUCUUCCUGGUGGCCAGCGAUAUAGCCCACGCUCUGGCCUCCGCUUCCUCGGAGACAAUGUCGUUCUCAGCCGCACCUGCCAGCUGGGCACUCACACUCUGGUUGGCUCCCAGUCCGAGAUCGGAGACAAGGCCUCUCUCCUUCAGUCCGUGCUUGGAUCCUCGGUCAAGAUCGGUAGCCGCACCAGCAUAUUUGGCUCCUACAUCUGGGCCAACACAACCGUUGGAUCGGGCUGCACCAUCGAACGCAGCAUCAUCGGCGCGAAUGUUAAGAUCCUCGACGGGGUCAAGAUCAACAAGGGCUGCAUCGUUGCCGAUGGCUGCACCGUCGGUCCCAAUGUCGAGCUCCACGCGUUCAGCAGGAUAGCUAACAAGAAGUACAGAUCUGAACUCGAGUUUGACAGCGACAGCGAGCAAGAAGACGAUGACGACUCUUUGCGGGCGAGUGACAAGGCGGCAGGUGCUGCCGGGGGCAAGGAUGCCUUCUCCAAAGAGCUCGGAGCCCAAGGUGUCGGCUAUCUGUGGCCAGCGUUGGGUGACAAGCCCCUCAGGGCAGAGGACGACAUGGACUCAGAAGCAUCCGACGAUGACGACGACGAAGUCGACGAGAUCGAACGCGCUCAAAAUUUGCGGCUCAUGCGCCUUGGAGCCGAUUUGGACGAGAUGCAGCUGUCCGAUUCGUUGUCAGACGUGUCGUCAGUCGAUGUCGGACGUGACUCGGAUGACGAAGAUGACGACGACGAAGAUGAGCUGGGUACCGAUGAUUCUCUCUCGGAUGACGACGACGACGACAUCCUUGGCUCUUCGAUGAUGCUCGACGGCGAGACCAACGUCGAGAAGCAGGCGGCGCUCAAGCGUCUCAACGAGUUCCGAGGCGAAGCUACCGCGUCCUUGGAGCGUGCCUUUGAAGAGAACCACACAGUCGACGAUGCGGCCAUCGAACUCAAGACGCUGCGCAUGGCUUCCAACGUGCCCCUCAAAGAGGUGCGCAAGACUGUCAUCGGCUUUAUCCUCAACAAGUGCGACCCGGAGCAGCCCAAGGACAUGCUCAAGGUGCUCGACAAGUGGUGUCCGCUCAUCUCGGUUGUGGCUGUCGAUGACCAGAUCGAAGCGCUUACCACCGUGCAGAACUUUUGUGCGGUGCAUCCAAAGUACUACAAGAUCUUCAUCCCGCUGCUCAAAAAGUUCUACAAUGACGAUGUCAUUUCGGAGGACAACAUUGUGGGUUGGUGGAAGAGUCCGCUCAGUCGUCAGACGGAGGCAGAGAUUGGAGGUGAGAAGAAUCUGCAGUUGCGAAAGGCGGCCGAGGAGGUGAUCAGGUAUAUCCUGGAGAGUCAGGAGAGCUCGGACGAGGAUGACGAGGAUGAGGAGGAGGAUUCGGAUUGA